CACAUAUGCAUAUGUAGAAAUAUAAUAUCGAUAGAUUGUUUCCACAUUCAUCACAAAAUUUGACGUAAUAAAAUAAAAUAUAUAUAUUUAAUUUUUUUCAUUAUCCCAGCAGUUCGAAUCAUACAUUUCUUUCUUUAUAAUUGAAAAAGGCCAUUUGAUGUUUUGAGAAAUUUGAAUCAAUCCCCAAAAAAACAUAAUGAGGUUUCCUAAGAAUAGAAAGGUCUUUUGGAAUUUGGCCAAAAGUUCUGUCUCACAACAGACGCAAAACACUUUCACCAACCAAUUGUUUUUGGCCAGAUUUAGCAGCACCUUAAAAAGUGCAAAGCAGACAAAUCUCUUGCCUUACCAUGUCUUACCACUUGAAGAAACGCUAACACGGUUUAUGAACAGUGUCGAACCCUUGUUAUCUGCAGAGGAGCUAAAGAAGCAAAAAGUAAUUACCGACGACUUUUUAAAGAGGCAGGGAAAAGAUCUGCAAGAACUUUUGGAAAAAGCUGGCAACGAGGAGAGAAAUUGGCUAGCGCACCGUUGGUUAAAAACUGCUUAUUUAAAAUAUCGAUCCCCGGUUACUGUAUUUGUCAGUCCUGGCAUGACCUUUCCUAGGCAAAAAUUUAAUGACGCUGAAUCAUUUAUCAAAUAUGCAUCUAAAGUUAUUUUUGGAUUAGGUGAGUUUAACAAUAUGGUGCACGCAAAUAAGAUUCCAAUCGUUAAGAUGGGUAAAUUGGAAUUGGAUAAUAGCCAGUUUGGAAAAGUAUUUGGAACUUGUCGCAUUCCAAAACGAGGUACCGAUGAAUUAGUAUAUAAUCCAUGCGCUGACUACGUUGUGGUCAUUUAUAAGAACCAUUUCUACAAGUUGAAUAUAUACAAUUCAAUGGGAGAACUAAUUGCUGCUGACAAUCUGGCUGAAGAACUGAAAAACAUAAUCGCAAAUGAAUCGAAACUUGGUGUACCGUAUGGAAUUUUGUCUACCGACUCAAGAGACAACUGGGCUGAAGCUUAUGAGCACUUAUCAAAUUAUCCUCGCAAUAGGGAUGCUCUUAAAUCCAUUCAAGGCGCAAUGUUCACUGUAUCCCUUGAUGAGUGUACUAGUAUAAAGGAAGACGAAGAGGACGAAGAAUUGAUAUUAUCAUUAAUUCACGGGAAUGGCAGCAAAGUAAACAGCGGUAAUCGGUGGAUGGACAAAACGAUUCAACUUGUGUUGAACCCCAAUGGAAAUGUGGGGUUCACUUAUGAGCAUUCACCAGCUGAGGGUCAGCCCAUCGCCAUGAUGAUGGACUAUGUAGUUAAAAGAAUAAAAGAGGAUCCAAAAUUUGGUGAGGACGGAUCAACAAACGCUACACCUGCUGAAAAAAUAGAGUUUUGUCCUCUAAAUGAAUGCAUUGAGCAAUGGCUUGUUAUUGCGCAAAAGAACAUUGACAAACUUGUGAAUAAUCUGCAGAUGAAAGUUCUUAAAUUUCAAGGUUAUGGCAAGGACUUUAUAAAGAAACAAAGGUUGGGACCAGACAGUUUUAUACAAAUAGCAAUGCAACUGGCCUUUUAUAGAUUGCAUGCAGAACCAGCAGCGCAAUAUGAGUCUGCUCACUUGCGUAUAUUUGAUGGCGGUCGUACAGAAACAAUACGAUCCUGCUCUAACGAAUCCCUCGAUUUUUGUCGCUCAAUGCUAGACUUCAAAUUCACAGACCAAGAACGUGCUGAAAAACUUCGCAAAGCCGUGGCGGGGCACCAAUUGUAUGCAAAGUUGGCCCUACAAGGAAAAGGUGUUGAUCGUCAUCUUUUCGGAUUGAAGCUGAUGGCUCUUGAGAACGGUCUGCCUAUUCCCGAUUUCUUUUCGUCACCAGGAUUUAUAAAGUCUUCAAAUUUUCGUGUGUCCACAUCGCAAGUGGCCACGAAAUAUGAAGCUUUUAUGGGAUACGGACCAGCUGUAGAUGAUGGCUAUGCUUGUUGCUAUAAUCCGCGCGAACAUGAUAUCAUUUUGGCCAUAUCUUCUUGGCGACAUUGUGAGAUUACAAACCACAUAAAGUUUUCCAACAGUCUUGAAAAGAGUUUUUCCCAAAUGAGAGCUGUGCUUGAAAAUUGUUCAGAUUCCACGAAAAACAUUUCCAACCCUAAAAGCAAAUUGUAAAGUGUUAACAAAAAUAA